UUCUUCUUCUUCUUUAUAAUCUUCUCUUCUCCGAAAUAGUGGCGUCUAUAACUCUUACUCUGUUACAAUUCCCACUUCUCAUUAAAUUCUACACUUAAAAACACACAUUUCAAUCUCAUCAACUAAAUUACUCAACUUUCUCAUAAACUCUCUCUGUCUCUUUUUGACUUUUAUUUAGCUUGUUCUGUCAACUGAAGCUUUCACUCUCUUUCCACUAGGGACUUGUCUAUACUUGUACUCUCUAUUUCAUUGGGUCUUAUUUGACUAAUCAAAACUUGCCCAUUUGAAAAAACAGCUUCUUUAACAACCCCUUUUGAGAAAAAGCUCUGAACUUUGCUCUAAUGGAGGAAACCCAAGAAAUUGUACUGACCCAGAUGAGGAAAUCGGUUGAGAAGCUUGGUUCUUCUACUGAGAAGCAUGGUGAUUCAACACUGAUGAGAUUCUUAAUAGCAAGGUCAAUGGACCCAGAUAAAGCUGCAAAUAUGUUUGUUCAGUGGCAAAAAUGGAGGGCUUCUCUUGUUCCAAAUGGUUUCAUUUCUGACUCUGAAGUAUCAGAUGAGUUAGCAGCCAAAAAGAUUUAUUUGCAGAGCUUAUCAAAUAAGGGAUUUCCAGUGAUGAUUGUUAAAGGGAGCAAGCAUUUUCCUUCAAAAGACCAACUUCAAUUCAAAAAAUUUGUGGUCCACAUCCUUGACAAAACAAUUGCCAGUUCUUUUAAAGGAAGAGAGAUCGGGAAUGAAAAGUUGAUCGGCGUUCUUGAUCUGAAAAACAUCUCAUACAAGAACAUAGAUGCGCGUGCACUGAUCACAGGUUUUCAGUUUCUACAGUCUUACUACCCCGAACGUCUGGCAAAGUGCUUCCUUUUAAACAUGCCUUGGUUCUUUGUAAGCGUUUGGAGGCUGGUUUCGCGCUUCCUUGAGAAGGCAACUCUAGAUAAGAUUGUGAUUGUGACCAACAACGAGGAAAGAAGAGCUUUCGUAGAAGAAGUUGGAGAAGAAACCUUGCCAGAAGAGUAUGGCGGACGAGCAAAACUAAGAGCGAUCCAAGAGGUCGAAUUGGCACCAUUGGAGGAUUAAUGAAUGUGAAAAAUAGCCAAAGGUUUGGCCUUACUGCUAUCAAAUGGUUAGGUGUUAAUGAUAAAAAUAUUGCUGAGAUAGCAUAGCAGUUUGUUCCAAGCUAUUUUCUUCCACAAGAGUUAAUUAUGAUAUGAUUAUGAUUAAUAUAAUCUAUACAAUGUUAUGUAAAUAAAUGCCUUCCUAUUCAUAUAUUUUUGGCUAGUGUAAGUGA